AGUAAAAUGUGUGGACCAAGGAUCGUCACACACGAAGACUUUAAUGCGGGCUUUACUGAAGCAUCAUUAAAGGCAUAUGGAAACAGUGGAAACUAUGUCGCUUCUCCAAUGAGUGUUCUCGUGUUGAUGUCGGCUCUCCUCACUGCUAAGGGACCACAAGGUAAUACGGCGAAAGAGAUCUGUGAAGCACUUGUUGGGGAGAAAAAGAAGUACUCGUGCAUUAAUAAUGAAGACUACAAAGAGGUCGUAAGCCUACUGGAAAAAAUUCGCACUGGUGUUGAAACUGCAAGGUCACCAGAGGGGGAGAGUGUAUUGAAAAUUUCCAAUGCUGCAUUCAUUGAGAAAUCAUUUUCAGUUAAAGAUCAGUUCAUCAAAGGCUUCACCUUUUUCCAUGGAGACAAGGUAAUGAGAACACUGUUCAACAAUUCCGAUGCCUUUGAAAACAUAAACAAAUGGGCAGAUACAGCUACGGAUGGAUUGAUUCCGAAGUUCCUUAACUCUAAAGAUGAACUUAGUAAGGACACCCUGUUGGUUCUACUGAAUGCCAUAACUUUCAAGGACAACUGGGCAAAACCAUUUGAUACUGAGAGAACCAAGAAUAGUGACUUCCGUCUAACAAUAAGUAAAAGCAUUCAAGUUCCAAUGAUGCAAAUGGAAGGACGAAUGAUUUAUAUCAAGGAAGAUGACUAUAAGGUCCUAGCAAAGCCUUUUAAAAAUGAGAGAUUCAGCUUUGUUAUUUUCCUGCCCGAAAAAGACUUCGAAAUAGACGAGAUUGAAGAUGAGCUUGAGGACGGAGAUUUCAAGUGGCACAAAGUAACAAAAGAAAAAUAUCUUCGACAAGUGCAACUCAAACUCCCAAAGUUUAAAGUGGAGCACAAAUUCGAUCUCAAACCCAUUCUACAACUCCUUGGAAUGCGUUCCAUCUUUACUCCUGGUUAUGCUAAUCUAACAGGCAAGCGAAUUUAUCCGCAUGAAAUGUCUAACCCUUGCAUUAACUCUGCAGGAAUAAAUAAUUCAUCUGCACUGUAUGCCAGUGACGCCAGACAAGUUGCCAUGAUGGAAGUCGAUGAGGCGGGUGUGAAGGCGGCAGCUGUCAGUGGACUCAGUAUUAUGCCAAUGUCACUUCCACCUCCUGCUACUCCAUUCAUUGUUAAUCAACCAUUCUACUGCGCCAUCUAUGACAGCCAAUUAGACAUGCCUCUGUUUAUUGCCCGUAUUGUCGAUCCUCGAAAAGGUGGAAACUGUGUCACUUCACCAAUGAGCGUUGGUGUGUUGUUAUCUGCACUCCUUUAUUCUAAGGGACCACAGGGUGAUACGGCGAAAGAGAUAUGUGAAGCUCUUGUUGGAAAUAGCAAGAAGCCCACUAGUCCUUAUGAUGCAGUCUACACAGAGGUCGCAAGCCUACUGGAAAAAAUCCGCCAGGGCGUUGAGACUGCAAAGUCACCUGAGGGGGAGAGUGUAUUGAAAAUUUCCAAUGCUGCAUUCAUUGAGAAAUCAUUUUCAGUUAAAGAUCAGUUCAUCAAAGGCUUCACCUUUUUCCAUGGAGACAAGGUAAUGAGAACACUGUUCAACAAUUCCGACGCCUUUGAAAACAUAAACGAAUGGGCAAAUACAGCUACGGACGGAUUGAUUCCGAAGUUUCUUAACUCUAAAGAUGAAUUUAGUGAGGACGCCGUGUUAGUGCUACUGAGUGCCAUAACUUUCAAGGGAAUAAGUAAUUCAGCUCCGCUGUAUGCCGUUGAUGCCAAACAAAUUGGCAUGAUCGAAGUCGAUGAGGCUGGUGUGAAGGCGGCAGCUGUUAGUGCAUUCAAAUUGGAAGCUUAUCGUAAAUCCUCUCGUGCUACACCGUUCAUUGUUGAUCAACCUUUCUACUGUGCCAUCUAUGAUAGCCAAUUGGACUUGGCUCUGUUUAUUGCCCGUAUUGUCGAUCCUCGUUAG